AAAUACACAAAGGUCACCUUAAAUCGAGGCAAGCGUGCAAGUCAGAGGGAAGCUACGCAACGUCUGCCUGAUUUUGGCUCGGUUUCUACCUUUCUUCUUUAUUUUUCUGUCGAUCGUUGAUCAAUUCCACCAUGCCACGCAGAUCUCAGUCAACAGACAGGUCGGCAGCCCCAGCUGGUCGUCGUAGCGCCAGGAUAGCCACGCAGCCCAAGGUGGACAUGUCCGAGGUUCCGACCCGGGGUCGAAGGUCAUCCCCUCCUCCCCCUAAGAAGACAAGCCCUGGCAAGACGAGAGGUCGCCCCAAGUCGUUGCCUGCCGCCACACCAGAGAAAAAGACAACAGGAAGGGGACGUAAACGAAAAGCAGAAGAAACGCCGGAAGAAGAACCAGAAUCAAAGGUAUCGAAAGACGAAGAGGACGAAGCGGAUGGUGACGAUGCCGAGAUGCCAGAGGCUCCCAAGGAGGUAGAGGAGAAGGAGGAGGAGGAGGAGGCACCUGCAGAGGAGACAGCUGCUCCAGAAGAACAGAAGGAAGAGGAGGAGGAGGAGAAGAUGGAAGAUGACGUUGGACCUCAGGGAGAUGGAAAGAAAAAAGAAGAAUCAGUUCCUCGAGCGGAAGAGAGUGUAGAAAGAGCACCCCCAACACCUCCAGUUGAAACAGCUUCAGAACAAGCAGUAGAACCGCCUGUAGAACGGCCUGUAGAACCAGUUAAAGAACCAGAGGCUGCUCCAGAAGUAGCGCCAGAGGUUGUUCCAGAGGUAGCAGCAGAAUCAUCCAGCGUUGAUUCCAUAGUACCUGUAGAGGUCGAUGAGGAGAGGUUCGAAGCAAUCCCAGAGGUUGAUUCCCAGUCAUCGUUACCGGAGGUCCAAGAUGUGUCUCAGCCAGUCGAAGAAGUGCCACGAGUCACAAUGCAUCAGGAGCAAGAGGUACCUGCUCCUCAAGCCGUAGUCCCAGAAUCUGAAAUAGCCACAAAUGCUCCUGGAGCGCAAGGCAUGCAAUCUGAAAUCGCUACCAUUGCUCCACAAACAGACUCUUACCCAGAGGCCCAAGUGGCCACCCUUGGGCAGCUGACGGAACCUUUGGUUCCAGAAGCAGAGCCUGAUGCAACCCCUAUGGACGUUGAGGACAAUGUUGUUGAAACCCCUGAGGCGAUGGAGCAGGUACCUACUGCGCAUGAGUCCCAGGUGUCUAGUAUUCCUGAGGCCUUUGAGCCAUCAGAGCCACAGGUCAUUCAACCGGUCAUUCCUGAAAUACGACUCCCAAGUGAACCUGCAACUCAAGAACAAUCCUCAGCAUCAGAGGCCACCCAGCAAUCAACUGAAAUCUUGCCAACCCCUGCUGAAGAACAUCAACUGCCCGAGCCCAUGCAGAUCCCCGAGAUCCAUGUCUCAGAACCCCCUUCUGAAACCGCACAGGUUCCCUCAGAGCCAAAGGCAGAACCGAGCCAACAGCUUGAGGCGCCGAUGGACGCUGCCCCCGCUGCAGUUGCGGAACCAACAGAAUCUACCGCUGUACCUGGGGUACCUGCCGUGUCUAUGUCUGAUGCUACAGCGGAAGAACCAGAGCCAAAACCAACACAAGAAACGACUCCAACACAAGAAAAAACACCAGCUUCAGAGCCAGUAGCUAAGGAAGUUGCUGCAGUCCCAGAACCAACUCAGGAACCAUGUGAACAAACCAUUGCGCCGCCGGUGGUUUGCGUGACACCGCCUGAACCAGAACCAGCAGCUCAGCCAGUCAAAGCACCAGCACCAGAGGUCAACCAAAGCAAUGGCACCCCCAAUGGAACUAACGGUGAAGAAGCGCCCUCACAGGUGGACGGUGUUCAGUCCUCGCCUCCCUCGAUCAGCGUGGGGUCAAAUUGAGGUCAUGUCUGUCUCCCGUAACGAGCCAAUCACCUUUACACCCCUAGUCACAUGAUGUCUAUUUUUUAGAAUCCUCGGAAGUGAGCGUGUCGCCGGCACGGAUUUAGGAGCUUGUUUGAAACUCUCUGUGGAAUUUGGAUGUAAAUUUGAUAUGGUGGUAUAUCUGUAGUCAGAACGAAUGAGUGUUGGAAAUUAGAAGUGAUUACGAAAAUGUGCUAAUGAAUUUCUAAAGAGAUUGCACAACGGUAGAACCUGUAAAGUAUCGGUAACAAGAAAAUUCUUAGAGAAAUCCUACCUGUCACUAUGCACGAAGAAAGUUGCAGAGAAAAUUGGAUUCUUUUAAAUGUGUCAUUGUAUAUAGUUAUAUUAAACCUUUUACAUGUUGAUUUCCGAUUGUGGUUUGUGAUAUAUUGUAGAUACGGUCAUGUGCACGAAAUGAUAGAGUACCGAGAGUAGAGUAGCUCUGAAGAGAAAAAAAAAUGAAAAAAUGACAAAUGAACAUCAUCCAUACCACUGUUUGUUUUCCUUUGUAAAAAAGAAGAAAAAAAAUCAAUAUUUUGGUGGAAUGAUACUCUUUCAUGAAGAUAAUCAAUUUCAAAAUGAAAACGUUUUAAUAUCUAUACAAAGUUUUUAAAAGAAGCUUGCAGGAAAAAGUAUAUAGCUCUUUUAGUGUCAAAUAUUGCUGUUUUAUUUUUCAGGUUGUAAAGAAAAAAAACUGUUCCCCUUUUUAUAAUGCUUUCCACAUGUGGGGGUUGCUAUUUGAAUCCUUCAAUCAUGUACUGAAGUGAUUGUAUGAGGUUACCUAGUUUUUAUAUACUGUAUGUGAACUUGUAUACAUGUAGGUUAUUCCCAAUUCAUGCUUUUAACUGCCAUUAAUUGGAUAGGAGUUUCAAGAUUUAAUUAUACACAAUUGGGAAGAGGGGCAGCAGAUAAAUCACAGCUCUGCUAUUUAAGUAGUGACAGUUUCAGGAAUUUGGAGAUCACUAAAAUAUAAAGAGCAUGAUUCCUUUGGCAAUUGGGUCAUGAAAAUGUGAUGUCAAAGGGAUCAUAUCGUCCCUAUUUUCACAAAGUGACGGGAGUGAAUGAAAAUCGCAUACAGUUUGCGUGCGGAUUUUCCUCACUACCGUCACUUUGUGGAAAUAGGAACGAUAUGUCUCUUUUUAUAUACCCACAAUUUCUCAAAAAGUUUUAUGAUCAAACCUUCAUAUUUUACUUGAUCUGAUCUAGAUACCCUAUUUUUGCAGGUCCUCCGUAGUACAGUUUGUUCUUUUAUGGAAUUUCAGAAAGGAUUUGUUUGUUCAAGUCAAUUUAGGUACAUGAUUGUAGAGAUUACACACGUACAGUAGUUCGAUUUCUAAUCCUUUGCUCGAUCAAACUCUCACUGACAAACUUUCUGUAUUUCUGAAACUUCUCCUACUGUGGUCGAAUUUAUCAAAGAGGGUUCAAUUCUUUUAAAGUAAACUUCUCUUCAGAUUGUUGGUUUUUAUUCCCUUAUGCGGGUCAAAUAUGUUAUUACCUAUCUUUUUAGCGUGCGUGUACUUUCUAAAGGUACGAGAAGCAUUGUUUCUACUGUACUUUUCUUUGUUGUCUUUGCUAUGUUUUGCGCAAUUGAAUUUUUAUUCUGCGAAUACAAUUCCAAUCUUUUAAUUUUA